CGCACUUCGGGGAAGGCAAUGACGGGACCUGACGGCGGGAGGCGGCCCUUCGGCAGGGUGUGUGCACUGAAGUCGGGAUCUCGGCUGCUUCCCCACGUCCGGCGCUUCCGAUCCUGUGGUCGCUCUUCACGCAAUCCUUCUUCCUUUUCUUUCUCCUUUCUUCCUCCUCCUCCUCCUCCUCCUCCAACUAUUCCUGCCCUGCAAUUGGAUGUUGGGUGUUGGUCUCCUGAGAGAGAUGAAAACAAAAGUGAUGUGAGUUUUGCAUGACUCUUCCCAAACUGUUUGAGAAAACGUGUUCUCGCCCCAGGAGAUGGGAAAGUUGCAUCCACUUUUAUAAUUCAAUGGAUACUUGAGUGGCUCCAGUUUAGACCAUGUCAAAAUCCUUGAAAAAGAUCGUAGAGGAAAGCAGGGAAAAAAAUAUAUUGGAGGUGGACAUGUGUGAGCGUGGCAUAUCAAACAUGUUGGAUAUACCUGGUUUAUUCACUCUGUCACAUAUCACACAGCUGGUUCUCAGUCACAACAAGCUGACCUCCGUGCCUCCAAAUAUUGCAGAUCUGAGGAAUUUAGAAGUACUCAAUUUUUUCAACAAUCAGAUUGAGGAACUGCCAACUCAGAUCAGCAGCCUUCAGAAGCUGAAACACUUAAACCUUGGGAUGAACAGGCUCAACACCUUGCCACGAGGAUUUGGCUCUUUACCAGCUCUGGAAGUUCUUGAUUUGACUUACAAUAAUUUAAAUGAAAAUUCCCUGCCUGGAAACUUCUUCUAUCUAACCACCCUGCGUGCACUCUAUCUAAGUGACAACGAUUUUGAAAUCCUGCCACCAGAUAUUGGGAAGCUCACAAAGUUGCAGAUACUUAGCUUUAGGGAUAAUGACUUGAUAUCACUCCCAAAAGAAAUUGGGGAACUCACACAGCUUAAAGAACUUCAUAUCCAAGGAAACCGUCUUACAGUAUUGCCUCCAGAACUAGGAAAUUUGGAUUUGACUGGUCAAAAGCAAGUCUUCAAAGCAGAAAAUAAUCCCUGGGUAACCCCUAUUGCAGAUCAGUUUCAACUGGGUGUUUCUCAUGUGUUUGAAUAUAUUCGUUCAGAAACAUACAAAUAG